UAUGAAAUUGGAAGAUAAUUUAACGGGAAAAGGACACGUGAAUCAAUAUGUGAAUAUUGCAACAAUUCAUUUUCACGGGAAAGUUUUAUUCUAUGUUCGAUCAUUGAUAGAAUCAUGUCAAAAUGUUUAGAAGGGGGUGGCGAGCCUACCUUGUUGUGAUAAUUUUUGUUGUCCUGACAAUUUUGUACAUGGGAUACAUUUGUCAAAACAACUUUUGCUCUUUCUCAUCCACUAGACACAACGAUGAAAGGGAAUCGGACGGCACAAUAUCUGACAUUUCUAAAUUGGUACCCGAUACAUUUCCAUCGCAGAUCGUUGAUAGAGAAUAUCAGUUAGAUUUAGAUGACGAAGACGUUUUAGUUUUUUUACAUAUUCAGAAAACAGGUGGUACCACUUUUGGUCGACACUUGGUUAAAAACCUUGAUGUUGGCAAACCAUGUGUUUGUCGAAAAACGAUGAAGAAAUGCGAGUGUUUAACAAGGAAGAAAACACUUUGGCUGUUUAGUCGAUAUUCUACAGGCUGGGCUUGUGGUUUGCAUGCAGACUGGACAGAACUGAAGAACUGUGUUGACACGGCCAUGGAUAAGCAAGAAGGACUCCACAGAGAGCGAAGGUACCAUUACAUCACCAUUCUCAGGGAUCCCGUUGGACGAUAUUUGAGCGAGUUCAAACAUGUACAGCGUGGUGCUACCUGGAAAACAGCACGUCUGUUCUGUAAUGGUCGUCAAGCCACCCUCGAGGAGGUACCAUUUUGUUAUGAAGGCGAGACCUGGGAAAAUGUUGAUCUUGGCAACUUUUUAGACUGUAAAUAUAAUCUAGCGAACAACCGCCAGACACGCAUGCUGGCUAAUCUUAGUAAGAUCAACUGUUACAACAAAACAGGACUGACAGACGAAGAACGUGACCAGAAAAUGUUAGAAAGUGCCAUCGAGAAUCUCCAAAACUUUUCUUUUUUUGGACUUACAGAGUUUCAGAAAGAUACUCAAAAUCUUUUUGAACAUACUUUCAACCUUAAAUUCAUUGAAGAUUUUGAACAGCACAAUGCUACACAUAGGAAAAGACUUCCCCUGACUGAAGAAAUUAUGGCUAAGAUUAAACUGUACAAUAAUCUAGACAUGCAGCUUUAUCAGUUUGCCAGGGAGUUAUUUCAACGUCGUGUGGAGAAAAUGAAAGAUGAUCUUAGGCUGGAGACUGAAGACAGUACAAAUGAUCAAGAAAUUAUGGCAUUGCCUGGUAACACAUGAGUUAUAUAGAUAGCCUAAACAAUUUUUCGAGAGAGAAUUUAUUACAAUAAGCUGAAAGUCAUUGACUGAUAGUGUAAUGUAUUUUCCAGAAAGCUGAAAUGAAAUGUUAGAUAUUAAUGACUGAAGAGAGAUAAAAAUCCUCAUAUUUAAACAUAAUAUUACACAUGAUCACGAAUGGAAACCUCAUUUAGAGUUCUACUUUCAUAAAUACUCAAACAAAGACAAGUAUAAAAAUCCAUUUACUUGAUCACACUUGUUUUCUAGAAGGUUGGAAGGCAGAAAAGGUCAUAAAUAGCUGAUGUAAAACCAAUUCAAUGAUUAACAAACGUCAAACAUAUACCUAGUACACAUGUCUUGUGGAUUUGGAGUAAGAUAUUUAUAGUUAUGUAACGUAGGCUCUUCCUAAUUUCAAUAAUGCUUUGUAGAAAUUUAAAGAUACUAGGUAUGUAUAUACACAAAUGAUAGGUUGAAAAAUUUGUCCAUGUGCCAAAUGAAAUCACAAAAACUAAAAUGUUUUUCAACAUGUUUUAGACGAUAAUUUUUUCUAGCUUACGGAGUUGCAACCUAUUUUUGUAUCUAGUAAAGUGAACAAUUUAAAAAGACUGCAAAUAAUCAAGAAAAUCAAGACAUUCAUUCUACAUUGUAGUUAUAUUUUUACAGCGUUAUACAAGUUUAAUGAGUAACGUCGCUUCCUUGGUCAAAAUCUGAUGUGUUAUAUAGGAAGUUACGUUAGUUGUCAUUCGACAGCUGUAUGCGAAUGUCACAAACUUGACACAAGAUGUACAUGUGUUUAAUAUACAUUUCCGUAUAAUGUAAGUUCACAAAAGUGGUUGAUUGAUGUAUUUUUGUACAGGUACCAUGUAAACCUUUCUAUAUGUUAUAUCAAACAUGCACCAUUGUUUUCUUUUAGAAUAUGCGAGUAUGUUUUAGUAUGCAAAAGAUUAAUGUUUAUCAUGUACAAGUGUAAAUAUAUAUGACACUGUUGACAGGAUAUCUGUUUUGAGAUCCAUGUGUGUAUCUGUUUGGUUUAAAUGUUAUUUAGUAUAUACCUUCACCAGCUAUCUGUUUGUUAUCUCCAUCUAAUGAGUAAGUCACGAUUUCUACUUUACUUACCUUACAAAGCAGUUCUUAAAGAUGUAAUUCUCACCUCUUUAUCAGAACUUGAUAAUUUUUUACAUAAAUUUUGUUAUCUAGACAAACAUUUAGUAAUUAGGACAAAAAUUCAGUCAUUUUGACAAAAAUUUAGUAAAUGUUUUGUGUGUCCUUUAAUCAGUGAUUUUUCUCUCUUUUUUCCCCCCACUAAAUACAAAUAAUAAAUCUCCAUCUUGUUUUCCAUCAGCUAUGGAUAUAACGUAAUAUAUGAAUGAAGUGAAACAUAUUAGGUUAUAAAGUUGCUUUAUUUUAACAAACUUACAUUACAGAACUUUUGGAAAGAUCUUUUUUAUUUAGAAGAAAAAUGUGUGACAAAAUCUCAAAAUUAAUAAAAAUAGCAAAACACAAGUUAUACUUUCCUUAAACACUGAUACAUCUUUCUAAUCCACGCAGGACUCAACCUCAUUACAUGGGGUGGCCUCAUCCAGAUUUUUUUUGUUGAACAACAUGUGCUGUUCUAUUUAAUAUUUAAAUGCUUGGAAUUGGGAAAAAUAUGUUGUUCUUUCUAAUUGGAACGAGGUCUAUAUUUGGCUCCAUGCCUUGCUUUAAAAAGCCUCGACAUAUAUAUAUAUAUAUAUAGUUUUAUAAACGAAUAAAUUAACAUACAGAAAUUAUCAUUAAUUUUCUCCCUGUCUAUAACCUAUAAACCAGUUACCAAUAAGAUUCUACAUGUGGUACCCCUAAUCAAAAGCCCUUGGUUGGAAUAGAUCUUUAACUUACCAGAGCUCUUCUUACCUUCUAUUUUUAGAUCAAAAUCCUGUUGAUAUUAGUACCAGAUCUUUAUAACAUACUGCACUUUACCUAAAAUCCAGUAUUUUGCAUAUUAAUAGAUAUUUAGUAUCACAUAGCACUGUAGUACGAAGGAUUCUGAAAAUCUAUCAGCGAUUUUGUUUUUGUCUUUGUUCAUGGUCGACCACGACCAAGACAAAAAUGAAAUGGAUUGAUGGUCAGAGACUUUUGGACAUGUAGGUCUGAUAUAAUAAAUAGUUACUUAAAUUCACAUGAAUUUAUUGGUAAUUGUUAUCUUAUUUCAAAAAUGCAGAUUUAUAGAAGAGAUAGCCCCUGGAAAUGGUAGGAAUCCUGCUCAACUGGGACAUAUUAGCCCCUGUAUAUCUGAACUUGAAUUUGUUUAGAGUGUUGUAUAAAAUCAAUAAUUUGAAGAUCUGUGGCUCCGAUGUGAAACAGAGUUAUGAUAAUACAAAAUGCAUAUCUGACAGAGAUUCAAACUGACAUCAUUGUCAUUAAGUAAAUUAAUGGAAGGUUACAUUCAGUAAAUUUGUUGUUAAGCAAGUGAAAUCUGUCACUGGCUUGAUUUUACCGUAGAUGUAUAUUUUUGAACACUGUAUCAUUAACAGCUAUGAUCAUAUAAGGACAUCUGGUAUAGCUUGGAAGUAGUAUAGAUUUGUAUGAUGUAGAUAUAAAUUGCAGAAUUUUAAUAGAAAAAAAUUCCUGGUAGCAUUCAUGACACUUUAUAUUAUUUCUUCGCUCUGUGGGUGGAAUAGUGAAGGAUGUGAUUUUUAUGUUAAUUUUAUACACCAUUUUACUCAAAUCCAAUUAAACCUGUUCUUAAUGUUGCUCUGUAUUACCAUGAUAAUAUUGCAAUAAGUCUAUGGCUGGUUUUAAGCCAACUCAUAAACAUUGUUAAUUAAAAUCAAACUAAUGCUAUCACCUUGUCCAGUGAUAAGCCCACCAUCUGACACAAGAAAUCAUAUUUUCCAUGGGCUUAUUGUAGGAUAAAUGUUGUAUGAUUCUACGUGACAGUGGAACCUAUCUAUAAAGACCACUUUAGGGAGUGGAGAAAAGUCACCUUUAUAGACAGGUGAUAUUAUUAGAAGUUUAUUAAACCAUCAAUUGAAUUCUAGACUUUGACUUGAAACCAGUAUAGACAGUGAUUAUAAACACAGGUGACUUUUAAGACAGAUUAAAGGACUUAAGUAACAGAGCUUUAUAUACAUUGUGUAUAGAUGUGAAAUCCAUAAAGGACCAAAGAUUUACUGUUGUAUGUGUGGUAAUGUUUGCAUUUCUACCAUGGCUGACUAGAUUACCUCCCUUCUGUUUAGUGUGCUCAGAGGAAGAUUAGUAUCUCCUGUAGACAUUUUGGUAUUUGAUAUAAUGUCUAUUUUUAUGAGCUGUGGCAUUGAGUUAUUUUUAGUUAACCUGAUACUGAUGAACUUUAAUGCUUCUAGUAUUCCCCCCUUUUUUUUAAACCUGAAAGAAGAUCUAAAUCAAAACCAUGGCUACUGUAUAGUCAUUAAUUUUCAUGAGAGAUUCAUUUCCGUAAAUUUCUCUUUUCAUCCAUGUAUUAAUAUGUCUACAAAUCAAUUUCAAAACUAUUAAAAUUUGUAUAAGCAGAUUUAUUGAGUAAUGUUUGUCAUUGAUAUCAAAUAUGUAUGAUAUUGAUUUUUUUUACUUUAUUUUGAAAUAUGAGUCCUACCACGAAAAGAUGUGAUUUUACAGUUCCUGUAAGGACCAAAACUUUCUAAAAAGAUUUUCUUUCAUCAUUAUAGAACUUCAUUCAGAAAAAUCCACUUUUUAUUCAAAUAUGAACAUUUCAGAUUUGGGGCCAUAUAGAUCAUUGUACACUGUAGCCAAACAGUUGCUGGUACAGGUUUUGUUUGUUUUUUGUUUCAUUACAAGUCUCUGAACGAGAAAUUAGAACAUUUUUACACUCAGCUGAAAUUUUUGUUUGUAUUUUUUUGAAUUGGAAGAUGAUCUGAUUUUGUCUAGAAAGAUUCUUGAGUAUUAAAGGACCUUCAAUUAGUGAUAAAUUCUCAUCCAUUAAUACAAAGAAUGACUUGAUAUUAAGAUAGAUAAUUCUUCAAUACUGCUGUGACUAUCUUUUUUUUAAGUAAACAAAAACCUUAUAAUCCCAUUUAAAUGUCAUGAUGUAUUUCAACCUGUUUUGUUGUCCUUUUGUCCUGGUUUGGUGAUUAGGAUGUUGUUUCCUUUUUUUUCUAAUUUCAAAUUAUUUGAUCUUUAUUGAUUAAAUUCAAACUUAAGGUGUAUGAAUGGUUGUUUGGCUGUAGGUGUGUCUAUAAUACAGAGCUUGUGUACAAUAUGUAACUUCAAGCUGAUGGUUCUACAUAAUUGUAUGAAGUUAGAUAGUUAUUAUAAGUAUUAAAGUGUAAGAUGUCACACUAGACCACUCUCUAAAUAAAAUUUUGUGAACCCACCAAAUUCAAAUUAUAUUAGGUUUUUUAAUUCAAAUCAGUUUAGUUGAUAAUUCAAAAUGGAUACUAUUUUAUUAUAUUAGAUAUUGAUGGAUGAACUGAACAAAAUUUAAGGGAACUAUUAACUUAAAUAGGAGGAAUGAUCUUUCCAAAUAUCAGUUUGACAAAGUUACAGAGAGAUGCAAAUAUUUUUAGGACGUGUAUUUUGGACCAAAUUUCUAAAUGCAUACUCUCUCUUGAUGGCAACUUAUAAAUAAAUGUUAUGUCAUGAUUAGCGAGCAAGUGAACAAAAUUUUCGAUUUGGAAACAUGUAUAAAUAAAUAAGGAUGUUAUUUUUUUUUUUUAUUUGAAAAAUAAGUCAAUAUUGGUGAGGUAUACUGGUUGUAAAUGCAUUUACUCUUCUAUGUCCAGUGUUUUGUUUACAUCUAAGAUAGAAAAUUUAAACAGAUCUGUGAAAUGUUCCAAAGAUGUAGCUCUGACUGUAAGCGUAUGAAAGGGCAAACCUAAUCAAAUUUGUUAAAAGUAUUUGUUAAGAUUGUGAUGUUAAGUAUUUGUUGAAGUUUGAUUUUAUUAUAGUCAGGUCUAGAGAACUCUUUUGUGCCUGGAAAACAGUAAAUGAGUAUAUUUAAAAUUUGUUCGAUUAAAUUGUGUUGUUUUUGCUUCCAAUAACAACUAGACAGUGGUAUGUAUAAGAGAUCUUGGUUAUGUUGGGACAAUUUGGUAAAUUUUGUUUAAGUUUCAAUGAGACUUUGUUAAUAAUUGAAUAUUUUGUUGACUUUUUACUUUUUUUAUGUUUUAUCAUGAAGGACAGACAUUGAUAUAUAUUUAUAUAUCUCAGUUGGUGGUUGCAAUGAACUCUUGAGUUCAGUAAGUCCUUAUAUUAAAAUGUAGUCUUGCAUAGGAUUUCUAUGGUUUGAGCUGUAGGCUGUUGUAAGUCUGGAUUUCUUGGGUUUCAGUAUUGAGUUCUUGUUUGUGAGGAAUUUGAGGGUUUGCCCUGUGGGACCUUGAUAGUCAGAAUGUUGGUCAAAUUACUAGGAUUUGACCUGUGGACCUUUGAUGUCAUGACUACAAGAGUUAAAGCUGUGACUCUUUAUUAGUUAGAAUCCAAGGGUUUAUACCGCUGCCCUUUCCUAGUCAGAUACCCUGAUUUUCUUUAGAGACUACAGAAACUUAUCUUGGAUUGAUUAUACUUAGCAUCAAUGUAUGUGGUUGUCCAGCAAAUUGUCAACUGUGUGAAUGAAAGAAUGACUUGCAUAAUUGUGUUUGUCAUUUGAAGUUUAUCAAGAGAUUGAAUGUUCCUACAGAUCUCUGUGUCAUUAUUGCAUUGUUCUGUAGAUGAUAAAUGUACUAUGGAUUGCCCCAGGGCAUGGGUGAUACCCUAUAACUGGGGAUUUUUGCCGGUCAAACUUAAUGCAAUUUAAUUUUAAAAGGAUCAAGUUGUAUUUCAACGAAUUCAAAUUUCAUACUCUGGAUGUAAAAAGACAUCUUAAACAAGCAAGUCAUUAUUUCAAGGAUGAAAUUUUAGCAAUUCAUUUCUGCAUACGAAAAGAACUGUCAAUACAAUAAUUCAUUGUCUUUAUAAUUAAGCUAAACUUGUAUCCUCCAUGUUGACUUGAAGAUAUUCUUUAUUCUGUAACAGCUAUAGAACACAGAACACCCGAUAUAUCACAAACUUUACAAUCAGAAGUUAUGUGAUUUAUACAUGUUCCUCUGAGAGAAAAAAUAGAAAAAAAUAUUAAAGAUUAAUUUGACAGGUGUAAAUUACCGCAUUUGUUGUCAAAAUGUUAAUAUCUAAUUUUUAGCAUGUAAAUUUUUUGGCUUUUAGGAAAAAAAACUAUAGGGUAAUUCUUUAAUUUAAAAAUAGCUUGCUCAAGAUACGCCAAGCAAAUUCAUGGUGAAAAUAGGAAAUAACUUGAUACUAGAGUAAAAAAGACUAGCACAGUAUUAUGAUUCAUGAUGUGGAUAUUAAAAUGAUGUUUAUAACCUGACAAAACCAUACAAGAUUUGAGGUUUACAGUGUUUGGUAUGAGAGGGAGAGAUUAAAAGUCCUUCUGUAUUGUCAUAUAAACCUCUUAAAGUAGUAGUUGAGUUCUUUUUGUGCAGGAAUAUUUUAUUUCAUAGAUAUAUAUCUUUUAUCUAAAUGAUAUAUAUAAUCUUAAAGAUAAUAAAUCAUGUUUAUUUUUUUCUCUUUCAUAAAUUGAGAAAUAAAAUUCAAAAUUGACA